UCAAGCGGUGAAGAGCAGCGGGAAAAAAAAAAGCGAACCAAAAAGGCAAGCCCUCGACCGAAAAUCAAAACGCGACGCCUGCUUCCGAGCUACAGCCAGUCGGGGAGCGACGCAACGCAAUCAGGUGCUGGAAGAAGAGACCUACAAUCUUGCGAUGAAGACACAUCAUCAUCCAAAUAGCCAGCCUGGGAUCCAGAUUCGUAAUCUCCGAGGAAACCAGCUUGGAGGGGUGAUCUUUGGUUGCAAGCCUGAUACAAUUGAAGAGUGCUUCAGAAAACAACUAUUUGGUCUUCCUUCGAUCCAUUAUUCAUAUGUGAAGAAUGUCAAACCUGGCCUGCCUUUGUUUCUAUUCAAUUAUAGUGACAGAAAGCUCCAUGGUCUUUUUGAGGCUGCAAGUUCUGGUCAAUUGUCUAUCGAUCCAUAUGCUUGGAGUGAUGAUGGCUCUUUAAGGACACCUUUUCCUGCCCAGGUCCGUUUUUGCACAAAGACUCGGUAUCCACCAAUGCGGGAGAGCCAAUACAAAACAGUGCUUGGUGACAACUACUAUACCCAGUACUACUUCUAUUUUGAGCUGGACCAUGCUCAGACAAAAGCUUUAAUUUCUGUGUUCAAAUCACUUGGUCCUGCUAAUUUCAAACAAGUUCCACCUGUUUCAAGCGAAAGGAGUCUUGUCACUCAAAGGAAAGUCACAUCUUUACCACCAACGAAAGGGAAGGCAUCAGCUGUUCCUGACCCAAAGAAAGUCACAGCAAAUUUAAAGGAUACCAAUCCAUUUAGCAUUUUAUCAAAUACAAGUGGCUUCGUUCCAGAUAACUGGGCUGAUUCUGAUGCGGGCAAUGCUAGUGUCAGUGAAAAUUCACAUAGUGACACUGAUGAGAAGGAGGUUGGGGAGCCAGUUUCUGAUUGGGAGGAUUUGGAUGAGAAUGCUCUUCAACACCAAUUUAGUCCUCAUUCAAAUCCAGAUGAGGUCAGUCAAAAUUCCUCGUACAAAACAGUUUGCCAAGGAAUGGAGCUUGCUGAAUGCAGUCAUCCAGUUGCCAAUCCUGUGAAUAGAGAAAGACACAAUUUUGAGAAAGACAUGCUUGUGAACUCACAUAAUGAGCAUAUAGGUGCUGUGAGUGUUGACAAAAUAGAGAGUGAGGCUCACAAUAACCCAGGUAGUAUUGAGCUACAGCCUGAAAGACAGACUAUCCUGAAAAAGCUGAAAGAUUUGUGUUUUUUGCGACAGCAAGCGGCACUAUCUUCCCAGGAUUGUGUUGAUUCUAGUUCAGAUGAAUGUGUACCUGAAGAAACACAGGUCAAGUCAAACCUAUCCUGCGAUCAAUUUGGUGCUACCGUGGAAGAUAGUACCCCUUUUGAGCAAUACCAUGGAGAUUAUACUGAGCUGCGACAAAUCAUCGCUAAAUUAACCAAAAGGACUAGAGAAUUGGAGAAGAAGCAGAAUGGGUCAGAUCAAGAUAUACUUUUUUUGAGGGAAGUAGUUAAAGACUCAGGAAGAAAAGUACAGCAACUGGAAUACCUUGUAGAUGAGUUACAAUUCAAAUUUGACUCUUCAUUGUCUCUUCUUGGAAGCAUGUGCAAUAAUAUAGGCAAGCCAUCAAUAUUCCUGAUUGGUGGUUAUAAUGGUGUGACCUGGUUAUCAUCUCUUGAUUCUUUUUCUCCUGAGAAAGACAUAAUGGUUGGUCUCACACCAAUGGGCUAUGCCCGCUCAUAUGCAUCUGCUGCUCCAUUGGAUGGUCAUAUAUUUGCUUUUGGUGGUGGAGAUGGCAUGUCAUGGUAUAACACAGUGGAAUGCUAUAGUUCAAGGAAUAACGAGUGGAUGGAAUGCCCCUCGUUGAACCGUAAGAAAGGAAGUCUUGCUGGUAUUAGUCUUAAUAGCAAAAUAUAUGCCAUUGGUGGAGGAGAUGAAAAUGAAACUUACUCAGAAGUUGAGAUGUUUGAUCCAUAUCUUGGGAAAUGGAUAUGUAGUCCUUCUAUGCUGCUCCCUCGAUUUGCUCUUGCUGCGGCAGAAUUGAAUGGUGUCAUAUAUGCAGCUGGUGGAUAUGAUGGAAACAUGUACUUAAAAUCAGCAGAAAGAUAUGACCCAAGGGAGGGUGUCUGGGUCCAGCUUCCAAGUAUGAAUACAAGGAGAGGAUGCCAAGCCUUAACUGUCGUCGGAGAAGCCCUAUAUGCCAUGGGAGGGUACGAUGGGGAAAAGAUGGUUUCUAGCGUAGAAAUCUACGAUCCUCGCCUCAACGCCUGGAGGAUGGGUGAUCCCAUGAGCACCCCAAGAGGAUACGCUGCUGCGGUUAACCUGGACGAUAGCUUGUUCCUGAUUGGUGGCCUGCGGUCCAAAGUUCAGAUUCUGGAUACUGUGGAAGUUUACAGUGCGAGCUCCGGCUGGUCAGUUCUUGGUUUUGGUUCAAUUGGGAAGAGGUCCUUUGCAUCUGCCAUUGUCAUGUAAAAAAUACUAAUUAGGAGUUUAGGGUUCAUCUCGUGCUGCCAUUACAAGGAGUGUUUAGGGUAUACCGGGAUGAACAGCCUUUCCCAUAUGUUCCGGUUAUGAAUAGAGAAAAUAGGCAUGGUAUGAGAGACCGGGCGGUCGAAAGAUUUACCUUUGAAACCUCAUUGACAGUCUAGAAACCGUUCAUACAUUCACCGCUGCGUGUGGUUGAACUUAGUUAUCAGAUGGUAAUACCAAAACUCAUGGAGUUGAAUAUAGGGUUUGUUUGGCAAA